AUGGCUUUGGCCACAAGAACUUACGUACAGUUUGGAGGAACUUUUUUGUCUUUCACUGGAUGGAUUCUGUCCUGUGUGACUACAUAUGUGCCUCUCUGGAAAAACUUGAAUCUAGAUUUAAAUGAAUUAGAGAACUGGACUAUGGGACUCUGGCAGACCUGCGUUGUUCAAGAGGAAGGAGGAAUGCAAUGCAAGGACUUUGAUUCUUUCCUGGCUCUUUCAUCGGAGCUCAGGAUUUCAAGGAUUUUAAUGUUCAUAUCCAAUGGUUCUGGGAUGCUUGGACUUGUCAUCUCCAGCCCUGGUUUAGAAUGUGUGAAAUUUGGGGCAGGAAAUCAGGAGCUGAAGACUCGACUCCUACUUCUAGGAGGCAUCAUGCUUUGGACUUCAGGACUAAGUGCUUUAGUUCCAGUCUCCUGGGUGGCUUAUGACACUGUUCAGGAGUUUUGGGAUGAGUCUAUCCCAGACAUUGUUCCAAGAUGGGAGUUUGGUGAAGCUCUCUUUAUGGGUUGGUUUGGAGGUUUUUUCCUCAUCCUUGGUGGAUCUCUCCUUGCUUUCUCCUACUGCUUCACAUCUUCUGACUCAACAUCUAUGUCCUACAAGCCUACCAAGCAACAAGAACAAUGUUUAUCAGUAAACUUCAAAUAUCCAGAUCUCACUAUAUGA